AAUUAGAGAGAGAGAGAGUCAGCAAAGAAAAAGAAAAUUAACAAGACUAGCUAAACAGGAAAUAGAGGGCUCCUUCCCUGUUUCCUCUCUUUCCGUUGAGCUCUUUCUCCGGGAGCUAAUGGAACUGAACCUUUACAAACCCUAUAAAAGCAACAUCCCUGUUUGAAAAUUAUUCUCACCUAUCAAAUCCAAACCAGACAAAACCCUAAUUCUCUCAUUUCCACUAACCCUCCUCUCAAAUUCUCCACUCGCUCAAACCAUAACAACACUUCAUACAGAAUGAUUGAUGAUCAUGAUGCAGCAGCAUCAGCAGCAGCUGCAGCAGACCACUGCUCUGGCGUCACACCCAAUCAAUCCUCCCCCUUCAUCUUCUUCCCUUAGAUCCCCAGUUCACUCCCAGCUUCCUUCCCCCCUCUCUCUCGCUCCUCUUUCCGUCUCGCACCGCCAGCUGCCGCCGCCGCCGCCGCCCCUGCCCGACCAUGUUAUCGGGCCGGCGGUGCCGAUUGCGGCUGCGCACCCAUCCGGCGAGCCUGCUCUGGUGAUGGCGCCGCCGCCGCUCGCUAGAGUUCGCCUCUCUGACAUAGUCCAUUACGACGGGGCGCCUUCCGGGCCCUAUGUCCGGGCUGUGGAGGCACUGUCUGGUUCACUCACGAGGCAUAAUGCGGCGUUGAUUGAGCUCGGGAGCGAUGAGGCUGCACUGAUGCGGUGCGGAUUGGAAUCAUCCAGGUUGUAUUUUAGGACUAGGGCUCAGAGUGGUGGCAGCUUGGGGAAGGGAAGUAGAGGGUUUUAUAUGUAUAGGGCAGGAAGGGCUUUAGAAGAUAUGGACUCAUCUCCCCCAUGCAUGGCUGAUGUUUUUAGAUGCAUGGGAAAGGCAGCUCGUUCUGCUUUGUGUGCAAUUGCAAGGCAUCUUCGUUUGCGAAGCGACGUUUUUAACCAUUUACUCGAUGAUACCCCAUUGCCUGCUAAUGAGGCAUCUUCUUCGAUGCUUGUUUCAACCUAUUCUCAUACAUCCUUGCAAAAUGGAAAAGGGGCUAUUGGGGGAGGUAAGCUGGCAAUGAGUGGCGAAUUUGAGAAGGGGCUUUUGACAUUGAUUUCUUCAGACACUCCUGGUCUUCAGGUUUGUGACCCCAAUGGUCGUUGGUACUUAGCAGAUGGAGGGUCAACUCCCGGGGAUCUUUUGCUACUUACAGGCAAGGCACUCAGCCAUGCCACUGCCGGCCUUCGGCCCGCUGCCUCAUAUAGGGCUGCAUCUGAUUAUUUUCCAUGCAGUGGUGGUAGUGGAAGGACAUCAUUGGCAUUUAGGCUCAUGCCACAAAGCAAUGCUAUAUUAGAUUGUUCUCCAAUUGAAGCAGCUGGUCAUAUCGUUCCACAGAGCUAUGUACGAAUAUCUGUAAGCCAAUUUAUGGACGACCUUUCUGCCGAGGAAGAUAUAUUGUGCAAUCGCUCUGAUAAUACCAAUCAGGUGGCACAAAAUAAUAUGAACAGAGAACCGUCAUUAAGAAGUGUUCUCUCGGAUCCCUUAUCUGGUGCAUUCCUUGAAGAUGCUAUGUUUGUUUCAUGUGGACAUUCAUUUGGUGGUCUCAUGCUGAAGAGGGUCAUCGAUACUUCAAGAUGUACUCUCUGCAACACGGAAAUCGAGAGGUCUUUAAUCCCUAACCAUGCUCUGAGAGCUGCAGCUGCAGCUGUGAAGCUCGAGGAUGAUCGCAGGCUCUUCUAUAAUACAGCUCUACGUAAGCGUCGGAAAGAAGUGGGCGACCACAAGGAAAAUGGGGAUAUUCCUGGUGAUAGUGGGCCACAUAGAGGGGUACAAUAUCCAUUUUCAGUAAAUGAGAAAGUGGUUAUUAAGGGAAACAGGAGGACACCAGAUAAAUUUGUUGGCAAGGAAGCAAUUAUCACAUCACAAUGUCUUAAUGGCUGGUAUUUGCUUAAGAUUAUUGGAAGCGGAGAGAAUGUUCGCCUACAGUAUCGUUCCCUACGGAAGAUACUGACCUCCCAAGCCAUGGAGAAUAGAUGUUCGACACAACCAGUUCAGAAUAGUAGCUGAUGGACCUAAAUUUUCUAUACUACUUUAGUCUCCAUAGGACGUACCUAAUAGAAUCUCACUUUGUUGUCCAAUAUGGGUUUUUUUGUAAGUUAUUGUGCAAUAGUGUUGUUUAUUUAGCUAGAAAAAGAGAAGUAGUUUGUUCGAACAGUUAGAGUUGCUGUUUAGAAGCUUGUAAAGGAAAGGAAAAGAUGAAAAGCAUAACACGGCCACUCUGAGUGUCUGGCAACAAGAUGUUUGUACUUGACACAAAAUUGAAUAACAAACAUUUGAUAUAUGUUUUGUGUCAUGUAUUUGCGUGAGAGGAGAUGAGUUGAGUUCCCUGUUGAGGCGAACUCUUCGGUUUAAUUUUGUUUGAUUUGAAUUGGUUUCUAGCUUCCAAACAUGAGUGGAGGAAUUGGCUGUGUUUCCUUUGUACAUAUACUUGUUUCUAUAGGAAUUGGCUGUGUUUCCUUUGUACA